AAUUUUCCCUUUGUAGUGGGUAAUCCCACGUUCUACAAAAGUGACUCAAGACCAGGAGGUAUGGCUUUUGUUUUCCACGGAAUAUUUCCGAAAAUGACGACAAUAAGUGAAUGAUAUAAAAUUAAUACAUGGAACUUUGAAUUUAUCUGUUCUUGAAAUAUGUCUCGGAAUAUUGUACGUACCUCUCGAAUGACAGAGUUAUUUUUCUGACGACAAUAUGAAGAUUGCAGGACAAGUUUCGCUGAUACUCUUCCUUCUGGUGUCUUCUACCCACACUGUUUGGCGCAAGAAAGUUUGUAACCUUGGCCGCUCUUGUCUUAGAUCAUACCCAUGCAUGGAGGAGUUUUUAAGGUGUGACUGUAUACCUCCACAAUUCGCAGGUCAAAAUUUUGAGGACCUGUGCUGGACAUCAUUGGCUUACGAAGUUGGUGCACCAAUAUGCUGUGUAAACAUAGAAAAAAGACAGGAAACGUCAAGGAUGUUGUCAAAUGCGGGUAUCAAUAAUGGGGACUUACUUAUGUCCGUGCUUCGUAGUACCGUACAAAAGAGAAAUAACAUUCAAACUGGAAAUACAAUCUUAAACAACGACGUGAAAUCAAAACCAAAAGAUUAUCGAACUAAGAUGACCACGAGUGCCAGAAGUAAACAUAAAAAUGUCAUGUUGAAACCACGUAAAACUAGCGUGCCGAAGUCGAUUUUUGUUAGUACUGAUGAUACAAGUUGGACUUUUCCGCAACAGAAAGUGGUGACGGAGUUUAUCAAUACGCUGCUACAUGCUGGGAAAGAGCUGGAUGGGAAAGAAAUGGACAAUGCAUAUCAAGGUUUCAGUCAUAAAUCUUUGUUCACGGAUGUGGGUUAUGCAUAUAUAAAUCCUGCUGUUGAACCAGGGCUUACCGAAUCAGCCGAUAUAUACCCAUUACAAAAAGAAACAGUUACGGAUAAAGACAAUGCAUACCUCAACCCUGUACCAAUUUCGGACAGUGAUAACAGGUUACAAAGUUCUCAUCAAAAUACACGUGGGAGGAAUUCCGAAAACACAUUCCCAAACAAUUUACAAAUAUCAAGUCUUACAGACCAUGGUAAUUCAGACUUGCAAUCUGUGCAAAAGAUUAGUGAGAUAAAUAAACACAAUUUAAUGCAAAACAGAAUUUUAAAUGCAUUAAAGUGUCGUACGGACAGAAAAUAG